AUGAAAACGAUGAACGUAUCUUAUCCGGAGAAACAAGCAAUGCGAUUCCAUUCCAGCCUAUGGAACGGAGAUGAUUGGGCUACAAGAGGAGGGCUCGUGAAGAUAGACUGGUCCAAAGCGCCUUUCACAGCUUAUUACAGGAACUAUGAGGUGCAAGACUGUGAUUGGUCAGCCCCUGGCUCUAAUGUAUCUUGCAGUGGUGAUGGUCCAAACUCAUGGCUCAAUGAAGGGAUCGAUGAAAAUAGCAUCAAGAGGCUUAAGUGGGUCCAAAGCAACUUCAUGAUCUAUAACUAUUGCAAUGACGCUAAAAGAUUUGGUCCAGGGUUGCCUACCGAAUGUGUUGUUAUAAAUUAA